CCGGGGGGGUGGGGGGGCCCUCCACGGCCUCCGGGAUGUUCCCGGUGCCGCCUCGCUCCAGUGCCCAACCAUCUCUGACCCCCGCCUGCGCCGGAGGAGCUCCUAGCACAGCCGUGUCGCAACUGUGUCCUGACUGGGAGACUUUGCUGCCUAUUUCAACUCCUACCAGCUACUUGCAGACCCCACCCAGAGGUCCCCUAGGAUGCCGGAAAGGCGGCUCCUCGCAGGGUCCCUGCUCCCUGUCACCCUCACCUCCAUUCAGGCCUGACGGGUGGCCUCGCUCACCUUCCCUGGGAUGGCACCUCCGGCGGGGCGAGGGGGGCCCUCUAUCUGGGGCGUGGACAGACCCGCCUCCAGCAAAAGAGGCAGGCUGUUUUGGGGCUGGAGCAGGGAACGUUAUCCACUCUACAGGGGAAGGCUGAGGCUCAGGCAACUUUAAUAUCACUGCCUCUGGCAGCAACCAUGUCCACGCUGUCCUUCCCUUCAGAGAAGCCUAGGCUGCAGGGGGGCUCCACUCCCACUCCAGGGCACCUCAAGUGCCCCCACUGAACCUUUCCAACACUGUCCACUACACAGAGAGGCCUCACAGGGGCUAGCUGUGCCGAAGUGAAGACCCUUGCCACCUCACCUAGGGGCUCUGACGUUGGCCCCACCCCCAUUCCUGCCACUGGGUCUCAGGUCAGGCCCCAUCAGGCCUAGAGUAGAGGUGUGGAGCCAGAGCCACCCAAUCCCCUAGGGACAGGUUUCACAACUUCCCGGAUGGGGCUGUAGUGGGUCACAGUGCAGCCUCCAGCCAGGAGGAUGGAGCGGCUCCCACUCCUGCUGCUUCUGACGCAGUGCUCAGGGGCCCCUGGGCAGCGCUCGCCCUUGAAUGACUUCCAGGUGCUGCGAGGUACAGAGCUGCAACACCUGCUACAUGCAGUGGGGUCCAGGCCUUGGCAAGAGGAUGUAGCAGACGCUGAGGAGUGUGCAGGGCGUUGUGGGCCCCUACUCGACUGCAGGGCUUUCCACUACAACGUAAGCAGCCACGGUUGUCAACUGCUGCCAUGGACCCAGCACUCACCUCAUACACGGCUGCAGCGCUCCAGGCGCUGCGAUCUCUUCCAAAAGAAAAGCUAUGUUCGGACCUGCAUCAUGGACAAUGGGGUCGAGUACCGCGGCACCGUGGCCAUCACCGUGGGUGGCCUACCCUGCCAGCGCUGGAGCCUCAGGUUCCCCAAUGACCACAAGUACACGCCCACGCUCCGGAAUGGCUUGGAGGAGAACUUCUGCCGCAACCCGGACAGGGACCCCGGAGGUCCCUGGUGCUAUACAACAGACCCUGCCGUGCGCUUCCAGAGUUGCGGCAUCAAGUCCUGUCGGGAGGCCGCUUGCCUUCUGUGCAAUGGCGAAGAUUACCGUGGCUCGGUGGACCGCACCGAGUCAGGGCGCGAGUGUCAGCGCUGGGACCUGCAGCACCCGCACCCGCACCCUUUUGAGCCGAGCAAGUUCCUUGAAAAAAAUCUGGACGACAACUAUUGCCGGAAUCCGGACGGCUCGGAGCGGCCCUGGUGCUAUACCACCGACCCACAGAUGGAGCGGGAGUUCUGCGAUCUCCCCCACUGCGGUAGAGCGCGAGGGCGGGGCCUGGGAGGGCACCUGGGACGCGUGGGGGCGUGGCCUUGCUGGGAAGAGAGGAGGGGCUGGGCGUGGCCCUGUGGUGGCCCAAAGAGCCUGCGGCUUCGCCUCAGCCCCACGCCGGGUCUAAGCUCCCUCUUGGGCUCCGACCGGUAUCGGUCCAUCCAAGGAUCCGAGGCACAGCCGCGCCACGAGGCCACGACACUCAACUGCUUCCGCGGGAAAGGCGAGGGCUACCGGGGCACGGUGAACACCACCGCCGCGGGCGUGCCUUGCCAGCGUUGGGACGCGCAGCACCCGCAUCAGCAUCGCUUUGCGCCGGAGAAAUACGCGUGCAAGGACCUUCGGGAGAACUUCUGCCGGAACCCCGACGGAUCGGAGGCGCCCUGGUGCUUCACAUCGCGGCCUGGCAUGCGCGUGGCCUUCUGCUACCAGAUAAGGCGGUGCGCGGACGACGUGCGGCCCGAGGACUGCUAUCACGGCGCGGGGGAACUAUACCGGGGUUCGGUCAGCAAGACCCGCAAGGGCGUCCGGUGCCAGCGCUGGUCUGCCGAGACGCCGCACAAGCCUCAGUUCACACCCACCUCCGCCCCACAAGCGCAACUGGAGGAGAACUUCUGCCGGAACCCGGACCGGGAUAGUCACGGGCCCUGGUGCUACACCACGGACCCGGGGACCCCGUUUGACUACUGUGCACUGCGGCGCUGCGAUAAUGACCAACCGCCGUCCAUCCUGGAGCCCCCAGACCAAGUGCUGUUUGCAGAGUGUGGCAAGAGGGUGACUCGCCUGGACCCACGGCGCUCCAGGCUGCGUGUGGUGGGGGGUCAGCCUGGGAACUCACCCUGGACAGUCAGCUUGCGCAACCGGCAGGGCCAGCACUUCUGCGGAGGCUCCCUAGUGAAGGAGCAGUGGGUACUGACUGCCCAGCAGUGCUUCUCCUCCUGCAACAUGCCUCUCAUGGGCUAUGAGGUGUGGUUGGGCACACUGUUCCAGAACCCGCAGCCUGGGGAGCCAGGCCUGCAGCGCGUCCCAGUGGCCAAGAUGGUCUGCGGGCCCUCAGGCUCCCAGCUUGUUCUGCUCAAGCUGGAGAGACCUGUGACCCUGAACCAGCGUGUGGCCCUCAUCUGCCUGCCCCCUGAGCGGUAUGUGGUGCCUCCAGGCACCAACUGUGAGAUCGCAGGCUGGGGCGAGACCAAAGGUACAGGGGACAACACGGUCCUGAACAUGGCCCUUCUGAACGUCAUCUCCAACCAGGAAUGUAAUGGCAAGCACCGAGGCCGCGUACGUGAAAGUGAAAUGUGCACUGAGGGACUGUUGGCCCCUGUGGGUGCCUGUGAGGGUGACUACGGGGGCCCACUUGCCUGCUUUACCCAUGACUGCUGGGUCCUACAGGGAAUUAUAAUCCCCAACCGAGUGUGCGCACGGCCCCGCUGGCCAGCCAUCUUCACACGUGUCUCUGUGUUUGUGGACUGGAUUCACAAGGUCAUGCGGCUGGGCUAGGCCCAGCCUCAAUCCUGUGUGCCUUGGGGAGGAUGAAGCUAUCUGUCAGACAUAAAGCCACCUUUCUUCUUUA